UAAGUUGUAACACACAUACAGGGAAUUGUAACACCAGAUUAAUUUUCAAAAGAUGAGCAGUAUAGAAUGUUGGAGUACAAAGGAAUAAGAUUUUUCUACUGGCAUGGAGAAGGAAGGAGGAUAAGAGGAAUGAGUAAUAAACAGAAAAGAAGUGUCCAAUAAUGGAAAUUCAAGCACCCACAAAACGCUACAAAAGACCUGGACAUGCCUUUCCAGGGAAGGUAGUGGAGGCCAUGUUGACUCACAGUGUAUCCGCUUCGACCGCACCACACUCCUCUUAAACAAAAAAGAAAACCGACGCCACCCUUUCUCUCUGGUAUGUGCACAAUCGUUUCAUUUCGAACCUCUGUUUGGUUGCUCAGAAAAUGGAAUAUACUUUAACACUGGAAUGUUUACUAUCCUAUGCUUUGUGGGUUUUCUUGGGUUCUUCAAAAAGUUUUAAAACUCACCUCGAUUUUACUACCUACGUCUGUUAUGCUCAGUUGAGGGCUGGAGGGUCUUUGUUUUUUUUGCUUGCUUUGGCUGCAAAUGGUGGAAAGUCUUGGAUUUGGAACGUUGACUUUUUCUGCUCCCCUUGGUCUACAUUUUCCUUGCAACCAAACAGAAUGUGUUACAUGAAUGUUUUCUCAGCCAAUUUCUGAGAUGGGUGUUCUUCUGUUUACCUUUUUUUUUUUCGUUUGACUCUUUUUGUUGGGGUUGAAGCUUUUGAUUGUAGAAAAGAAAUAAGUGAUAUGUGUAAUCGGGCUGCUAUUAUAUUCAGUUUUAAAGGACUUCUAGUGCUUUUAUCUUUGUAUGGUUAUUUGGGUAUUCAAUAUGGUUAUUUGAUCCUCUAUUUGGUUGCCAAGAAAGAUGAGGAAAGGUAAAAGGCAAAAAGUUUUGAAGUUAAAAUAAUUGUACAAGACUUGAUUGUGUUUAUGAUUUGGUUAUAAGUAUUAAAGUUUCCCUUUCUUUUCCCCUGGUUUCUCAGCAUCCAAACAGAGUUCAAUCUUGCUUUUUUUUUUCUGUUUUUUUUUUUUUUUUGGAAUUCUGUUCAUGUUAGUCGUUAAAACAUGAGGUCUUUCUUCUGUUUUAAAUUAAUUCUGUCCUUCAACCAAGAUGGGAUAUAAUAGAUUUUAUGGGGCACCAACGAUUUCCACUUUGGGGUGUUUUAAACAUAGCGGUCGAAAUUUUUAUUUUUGACUCUUUAAUGGUUAACCCAAUUUUUGUGUACAUUUUUCCGUAUUUUUAUGCAUUUCCAGACGGUUAAGCUGGAUUUAGCUUUAGAUAGAAGUGCAGCAGAGAGAUAAAGUUAUUUCUCCCCCUUUUUGGGGGGGCUUUUAAAUUGAAGGAUACAUGUCUGUUAUAAAAUGAAAGAGAUCAUUUCUUUUUCUUUUUUUCUUUUUUUUCUUUUUUCCUUUUUUGAAUCGUUUAGGCAUUUAUCUGGUAACAUAUUCUCUGCAAAUUUGGAUGCUGUUCUACUGAUGGAGUCUUGGAGCCAUGCCUUAGAAAAGAAGAUGUUUUUGUAUUCUGAAGAAAUGGAUUUAACAACUGAUGCUGUUGGGAGAAGUAGAAAGUUGCUAACAGGAUGGGACAUGAGAACCCCUUUUAAUUUUGAAAAUGAUGGGCUUGUCUUGGAUAGAGACGCAGUUGAGAGCAUGGAAUUCAUGGAAUUGGAUUCCCCUGAUUUGGUGAGAAAACUGCUUCCCAGUAACCCAAGUGUGGGGUUUUUAAGUGGUGAGAUUGGUAGAAAUUCUAGUAAAAGAAUAGUUUCUCCUACUAAUAUGGUUACUUCAAAUCCAAUUUUCGGGGGAGAGGAGUCGAGUUCGAGGCUUUCAAGUUCUUUCAUGGAGUCAAACAGUCAAGAUUCCUCAAUAAUUGAUUUGAAACUGGGGAGAUUGGCUGAUUGUAUAGAUGCCAAGAAUAACAGAUGCUCAAAAGAGGGAUCAGUUUUAUCUUCACUAGCUUCAUCCAUGCCGGCAAAGAGAGCCCGCACCACGAGUGUGUGUUCUCAAACUCCUCUCUGCCAAGUUCAUGGUUGUAACAUGGAUCUUAGCUCCUCGAAGGACUACCAUAAGAGGCAUAAAGUUUGCGAUGUUCAUUCAAAGACUCCCAAAGUUAUUGUUAAUGGCAUUGAGCAGAGGUUUUGUCAGCAAUGUAGCAGGUUUCAUUUGCUGGCUGAAUUUGAUGAUGGUAAGCGGAGUUGCCGUAAACGGCUUGCAGGUCACAAUGAGCGUAGGAGGAAGCCUCAAUUGGAUACUCACUCUGGUAAACCACAGAAACUGCUUCAGUCAUAUCCAGGCACCAGGAUUCUGGGGACUUCCUUAGCAAAGAGACCACCCUUUGUUUUCCAGGACAUACUUCCUGGCAGUGUUUAUUGUCCAGAUGGAUAUGGACAAGCUAAUCCAUCCAGGAGCAUCAAAUUAGAAAAGGAGCCAAUUUACAGCUCUCAAUUAGUGAUACCUAUAAGUGGGCAGUUGCCUCCAAAAUCCUUUCUCCAUCUUUAUGGCACCGAGAGACAAUGUCCUCCUGGGUUUCUAUCAUCUGGAACUGAGGACUGCACUGGCUUUUACCCAGCAUCAACAGUUCAAGAAUUACCUGGAGUCUCAAAAUCCAAUUGUGCUCUCUCUCUUCUGUCAGCUCAAUCGCAGGACUUGUCAAACCAUUUGAUGGGAAUUCCAAUGGCUAACCCCCCCACAGUCCAAGGCUGUCAUGCUCAUUACAGUGCAGUUCACAAUUCUGACAAGCCAAUUGGGAUGAGUUCUUUGGAAAAAUUUGCAUCAAAUGGUUCCUAUUCAUCUAGGAUGAACUCAGUGGAAGUUGCCCAGAUGGGGCCUGUAAUGCUCCCUGAUGGUGGUAAUGCUGUUAGCUUUGAAGUCCGCACAAACAGGAAUUUUCAGGGAUCUGAUUUUCUGAAUGCUAAGUAUUCUCACUCUUCUGAACGUGAACCUACAGUUGAUUUACUCCAAUUGUCAUCACAUCUUAAAAGAGUAGAGUGGCAGAGGAAUUAUAUGCAUGUGAAGCAAGAAAAUGAUGAUUUUCACUGUUUUCCUACUACUUAAGGGCUAUUGAAGCAUCAAGGUUAAGGAGGGGCAGCUAAAGAAAGGGCUCAUGGCAUAGAGUUAACUAACUAGAUUGAUGCACUCAAUAAAGGGCUGGGGAAAUCUUUCGGCAGUGUUAACGAUGCUGUGCCUUUACCAACAGUGAAUAAUUAACUGUUUGCUUGGAUUUGGCAAUGUUAAGUCCUGUUUGUUUCAUUUCAUAUGUUAUUGCAGUAUGCUGCUUCAAUCAUUCCCAUUUUACUGAAGAAAAGUUAACUGUUCACUUGAACAAGUCCCUGCUGUGUGAUAAUCCUGUAUUCCCCUUUAAAGGAGCAAGCUUCAGAUCAAAGGACAAACUAAAAAGCCAAUAAGAAGAAAUACAAAACAAUGCUCUGUUUGAAGAUUAAAA